GGAACAUUUCUACCAGAGAAGAGCCCCUGACUACUGUCUGAAGGCAAAAAAAUGUCUAUGAGUAGAUCAUCGGGAACUCUCCUUUAAAAGAAGAACCUCUCAAUGCUAGUUGUUUGAAAACAAAGGGAGAGAUCAAAUGCCAUCUGAAUGGAAGCUGAGAGCUAUGCUUGUUGCAGUGACUCCCAAGAAGCUGGUUGCAAGACAACUGGUGUUUAUAUUUGUAUUACAGAUGACAAGUUGCCAGUACUUUAAGCAAGCGAAAUCUCCAAUACUUCCACACAACCCUUUUAUUGCUGUGUGGAAUGCCCCAACAGAACAGUGCAGGCUCAGGUAUAAGGUGGAUCUGGACCUCAGUGUUUUUGAUAUAUUUUCCAACUCCAAUGAGACACUCAGUGGGUCAGCCAUCACCAUAUUUUAUCACAAUCAUCUAGGCAAAUACCCUUAUUUCAACAAAAAUAAAGUUCCUGUAAAUGGAGGAAUCCCCCAGAAUGUUAGUCUUAAGGAACAUUUGAAGAAGGCCAAGGCUGACAUUAAGAAAGUCAUCCCAGUUGAUGACUUCAGUGGCCUUGGAGUGAUUGACUGGGAAGACUGGAGACCUCUGUGGGUCCGAAACUGGGGUCAUAAAAAUAUCUAUCGGAAAAAAUCCAUACAAAUUGUGAGAAAGCUCCAUCCUGACUGGCCAGACAAACAAAUUAAUUUAGAAGCCAGGAAAGAAUACGAAAAUGCUGGGUGGAAAUUUAUGAAUAAUACACUGGGGUUAGCAGAGAAGAUUAGACCACAUGGCCUCUGGGGGUUCUAUCUCUUCCCAGAUUGCUACAACCAUAACUAUAAGAAAGACCCAAAGAAAUAUACUGGGAAGUGCCCCGCAAUUGAAUACAAGCGUAAUGACAAGUUACUCUGGUUAUGGGAAGAAAGUGGCGCUCUCUAUCCUUCCAUCUAUCUGCCACUUGAAUUGAAGUCAAGCCCAAAUGCACUGAAAUUUGUCCAUUACCGACUGAAAGAAGCUAUCAGGUUAGCCUCCAUAGCAGUAAAGGAUUACACUCUCCCAGUCUUUGCAUAUGGACGUCCAUUUUAUGCAUAUGAGUUUGAGCCUCUGACUAAGAUUGACUUGGUUCAUACAAUUGGUGAGAGUGCUGCCAUGGGGACUGCUGGGAUCAUUCUUUGGGGAAGCAUCAAUUAUGCAAGAUCAAAGAACCACUGUUUAUCAGUGAAGCAAUAUGUGGAUGGACCCCUAGGACAUUAUAUUGUUAAUGUGACAUCUGCCGCAAAAUUGUGCAGCAAACAUCUUUGCAAGAACCAUGGCAGGUGUGUGAGGCAGAACAUUAGCUCCAAAACAUACCUCCACCUGGAUCCAAACCAUUUCAAAAUCCAAGCCAAUCUUGAAGGAGUGCAUCCCAGAUUUUCUGUGAAAGGAAGAAUGAAUACAAGGGACAUCAAAGUCAUGAAAGAAAAGUUCACAUGUCAGUGUUACGAAGGCUGGAUUGGGAUAUCUUGUGAGGUACCUGUUCUUGAGAUCCCUUCAGUGGAUAGAAAAUUCCGGAACACGACGAUUAGAACAAAUACAGCACCACGGUUACCAUUUUCAUUGGCCACUCCUGUUGUCUUCCAGCUGGUUUUUCAAAUGCUUUAUUUUCAACAUUAGAAAAAGCUUGCAUGGCAAGUGGAUGAUGUGAUAAAGAUGUGAUUUAUCAGAUGUAUACAAAUGAAUGUGCACUAUGAUCCAACUGGGACACUUGGUUGUAGGAGAGCUUUUUAUGCCCAAAGAUAUGACUGUAACUAUCACAUCUGGUCCAGCACACUCUUUUCAGCAAUCAAUAUAGCAAUUAAUCAGUUGAUUCCUGAAUAAUUCAGGAUCUGCCUGAAAGUCCUAUCUAAUAAUGAAAUAAAUUUGGGAGAAUCAGUUUUUAAGAUUUGUUUCUGUAAUGUACGUUUUCUUCCCUCAUUAGAUCUCCACACCAUGUUUUGAUAGAAUGAGUGAACAGGGACCAUGUUCCUUGAUCACUGCUACCCUCCAGUGUGUAAUUCUGGAUAGUUUGAUGGCAGCAAUGUGACCAAGGCAUUGUGGUGGCUCAGUGAGUUUAAACUGUGAGCAAGUGGGUCACAAUAGAUCUAAGGCUCAGUUCCCAAUCUCUGGUGAGUUAACUGACCUCAGCCAAGUUAGUGGUUGGGAUUUUGGAAGUGGCCUUAGUGUCCUGAUUCAGGAGGGUGAGGGAAUUACUGACCUGGCUUUCUGCACUGAAUGGAUCCUGUAUGUUGUGCUGGAGAUGUGCAUGCUUGGAAGCUGGUUUUUGAAAUGGUAAAGUAACUUGUCCACAUUUACUGUCUGGACAUAAAGUUGCAUGCUGAUCACUUCUAUCCAACAAGGAAUUAACAUGCUUAGGAAGAGAGAGAAGGAAUCCUGAAAGAAACGAAAGGUUUUCAAAAAUAUAAGGUGGAAAGUAGUGCACAAAAUAUCAUUAGUAUUUGAAACACAAGGAUGUAAAUUAAAGCACUCUUGAGAUUGCAAAUAUGCUUAACCAGAAUGUAUUUGGGAGAACAUUUGGGAUGAAUUUUUAUUAACAUAGACUAUUUCUUUUCCUACCUAUGUAGCAAAUGGGUGUAAUAAACUUUAGAAAGUUUUAAAGAAAUAUAAUGUUAUUUAAGACUGAUUAUGGCAGAAGGCUUUUCGCAAAUCUGGCUUUGUGCGGGUAUUCCUUAAUAGUGUAGGGGCAGAAUUCACUAAUAUUUCAAUUUCAAUUGUUUAAUAUACAACAAGAACUUGAAAAUAAAACCAUACAAUCCAUGCAA